AUAUGUUUGUGUCUCCCUGCUGCAGGUAACAUUAUAGGCUCCGGUAUCUUCAUCUCCCCAAAGGGUGUCCUGGAACACAGCGGGUCUGUGGGCUUGGCAUUAAUCAUCUGGGUCCUCGGGGGCGGGGUCUCUGCUCUGGGCUCCAUGUGCUAUGCUGAACUUGGAGUCACAAUUCCUAAAUCAGGAGGUGAUUAUUCAUAUGUCACUGAGAUUUUUGGUGGGUUAACAGGGUUCCUGCUUCUAUGGAGUGCCGUUCUCAUUAUGUACCCCACCAGCCUGGCGGUCAUUGCACUGACAUUCUCCAACUACGUCCUCCAGCCUGUGUUCCCGGACUGUAUACCACCAUAUGAUGCCACCAGGACCCUCUCAUUGGUCUGUCUGUUGCUGCUGACCUGGGUGAACAGCUCCAGUGUCCGGUGGGCCACCAGGAUUCAGGACAUCUUCACAGCUGGGAAGCUCUUGGCCUUGGGCCUCAUCAUAGUUGUCGGCUUCAUGCAAAUAUUUAAAGGUAACUAUGAAGAGUUAAAACCAAGCAACGCAUUCAAUUUUUGGAUGACCCCCACGGUGGGGCAGUUGGCGCUGGCCUUCUUGCAAGGCUCAUUUGCAUUCAGCGGCUGGAACUUUCUGAAUUAUGUCACAGAAGAGCUAGUCGAUCCCAGAAGGAAUCUACCUCGUGCCAUAUUUAUCUCCAUCCCCCUGGUCACCUUCGUCUACACGUUCACCAACAUCGCAUAUUUCACCGCUAUGACACCGGAGGAGCUCAUGUCAUCCAAUGCCGUCGCUGUUACGUUUGGUGAAAAGCUUCUGGGCUAUUUCUCCUGGAUCAUGCCAGUAUCAGUGGCACUGUCCACAUUCGGAGGGAUUAACGGAUACCUCUUUACCUCAUCCAGGUUGUGCUUCUCUGGAGCUCGUGAAGGCCACCUGCCCAGCCUAUUGGCCAUGAUCCAUUUUAAAUACUGCACCCCGGUGCCGGCUCUGCUGGUGUGUUGUGGGGCGACAAUUAUCAUCAUGCUGGUUGGGGAUACGUACACCUUGAUAAACUAUGUGUCCUUCAUUAACUACCUCUGUUACGGAGUAACAAUUAUGGGGCUGAUCGUCCUUCGCUUCAAGAAGCCCAAAAUGUUCCGUCCCAUAAAGGUGAAUCUGCUGAUUCCAAUCACCUACCUGCUGUUCUGGGCCUUCCUGCUAAUAUUCAGCUUUUACUCCGAGCCCAUCGUGUGCGGCGUGGGGCUGAUCAUCAUUCUUACGGGAGUUCCGGUCUUUUUCCUGGGGGUCUACUGGAAGAAUAAACCAAAGUGUAUAGAUAGAUUUAUUGAAAAUAUCACCUACUGUGGACAGAAGGUUUGCUACGUCGUGUACCCUCAGCCCACCCUCCCCGAGGACGACUUAAUCGCUUGCAAUGACGCCGUAGUGAACGAGAAGGAGAAGACCCUCAAAAUGCAAUAA